AUGUGUAGGGGUUGUCCCCCUAUCAUUCUUGGCGGUCUUCUUAUCCUAUCCUCGCAACGUCAGGGGAUUGCCUCCUCGGUUGCAGAGCCCUGGAUGUGUAGGGGUUGUCCCCCUAUCAUUCUUGGCGGUCUUUCCUUAUCCUAUCCUCGCAACGUCAGGGGAUUGCCUCCUCGGUUGCAGAGCCCUGGAUGUGUAGGGGUUGUCCCCUAUCAUUCUUGGCGGUCUUACCUUAUCCUAUCCUCGCAACGUCAGGGGAUUGCCUCCUCGGUUGCAGAGCCCUGGAUGUGUAGGGGUUGUCCCCCUAUCAUUCUUGGCGGUCUUACCUUCCUAUCCUCGCAAUGUCAGGGGAUUGCCUCCUCGGUUGCAGAGCCCUGGAUGUGUAGGGGUUGUCCCCCUAUCAUUCUUGGCGGUCUUUUCUUAUCCUAUCCUCGCAACGUCAGGGGAUUGCCUCCUCGGUUGCAGAGCCCUGGAUGUGUAGGGGUUGUCCCCCUAUCAUUCUUGGCGGUCUUAUCCUAUCCUCGCAACGUCAGGGGAUUGCCUCCUCGGUUGCAGAGCCCUGGAUGUGUAGGGGUUGUCCCCCUAUCAUUCUUGGCGGUCUUUUCUUAUCCUAUCCUCGCAACGUCAGGGGAUUGCCUCCUCGGUUGCAGAGCCCUGGAUGUGUAG